CCUCCUCCAGCUGAUGCGCCACACUCAGUGUUUCAGGUGCACUCUGUCUUUGUUUUAGGAAGGAUGCAAUGUCAGAUAUAUAAACGUAACCCUCCCAGGCCAAAGGAUUUCCUUUAAACCAAUUACGAGCAAGGAAACCCAUCAUCUGCCUGUUCAUGAAGCCAUCGGAAGGCGCGCGGAUGCUUAGGAUGUUGCGCGGGGGCUCCGCUUUAAUUGACGCUAUGAAUUUGGAUAUGUUUUCGCAGUUUGGGGUUUGUUUGCACGUGAAUGCCGUGAACUGAUUCUUGAGAAAAGCGUGAAUAUUUCAGUGCGCUCGUGUUCUCCUGAAUUUGAGCUCUGUAAUUGUUAAUCAAGUCUUCAAGAAAGGAAACACAUUUACUAAAGAAAUUUGGUUGAAAUCAGUGACAUAUAGGAACUAAACAGGAAAAGAAACAGAAAUUGCGACAGAAUCCACAGGAGUCUGCAAGAACUGCAGCCUACAGCAUCACUAUGUAUGAUUGCUAAAUGUACCAUUCCCCUGACACACACCAGUGAUUAACCUCUGGAAUCCCGAGGACCAGAGGAUGGUAGCUCCACUUUGGGAUCUCUCAACACAGGUCAUUACUUCAACACUAGGGUGUACUGGUGAUACCUUUGACCUUGCACACCUGUUCCAUACUUACCACCUGCUACAAUAACGUCUGCACACCUCUAUUUAAUUGCUUGUUUAGUUCUUUAACACAUCACUAUCAUGGCGAGGUUCUCAACAUGGCAGGGUUGCCUUUUUAUGUUGUCAGUGGCAAGCUGUUCUUUCACCUAUGGACCUCAGCGCCUAGUGGACCCACUUGUGCCCCCAGCUCCUGAAUAUGCUCAUUCCAUUAGAAUAGAUGGAGACAUCAUCCUGGGUGGACUCUUCCCAGUCCAUUCACGAGGGGAGCGUGGUGCCCCAUGUGGCGAGCUAAAGAAAGAGAAAGGCAUUCAUCGCUUGGAGGCCAUGCUCUUUGCUGUUGAUCUUAUUAACAAGGACCCUGAUCUACUGCCCAAUAUCACGCUGGGUGCUCGCAUCCUGGAUACAUGCUCGAGAGACACAUACGCUUUGGAGCAGUCACUCACCUUUGUGCAGGCACUGAUUGAGCGUGACCCCUCUGAUGUGCGCUGUGCCAGUGGAGAGCCGCCCAUCUUUGCCAAACCUGACAAAAUUGUGGGAGUGAUCGGUGCGUCUGCGAGCUCUGUCUCCAUCAUGGUAGCCAACAUCCUGCGGCUGUUUAAGAUUCCUCAGAUCAGCUAUGCAUCAACUGCCCCAGAGCUGAGCGAUAACAGCCGCUAUGACUUCUUCUCUCGUGUAGUGCCACCUGACUCUUAUCAGGCCCAGGCUAUGCUGGAUAUUGUCUUGGCAAUGGGCUGGAACUACGUCUCCACGCUGGCCUCAGAGGGCAACUAUGGCGAGAGCGGUGUAGAGGCCUUUGUCCAGAUAAGCCGUGAAACUGGUGGUGUGUGCAUUGCACAAUCUCUGAAGAUCCCCAGAGAACCCAGACCUGGAGAGUUUGACAAGAUCAUCUCACGACUGCUCGAGACUCCCAAUGCUCGUGCUAUUAUCAUGUUUGCAAAUGAGGAUGAUAUCAGACGUGUUCUUGAUGCUGCUAAUCGAAACAAUCAGACAAAUCACUUUCUUUGGGUGGGCUCUGACAGCUGGGGCUCAAAAAUCUCCCCAGUGUAUCAGCAGGAGAAUGUGUCUGAGGGAGCCAUUACUAUUCUGCCUAAAAGAGCUUCAGUGGAAGCUUUUGAUAGGUAUUUCAGAAGUCGCAGCUUGUCGAACAACAGGAGGAAUGUGUGGUUUGCUGAAUUCUGGGAGGAAAACUUUGGAUGCAAGUUGGGAAUGCACGGCAAGCGCCCUGGAAGCCCUAAGAAGUGCACAGGCUUGGAGAAGGUGGGCAGGGACUCCAGCUUCGAGCAGGAGGGAAAAGUGCAGUUUGUGAUGGAUGCAGUUUACGCAAUGGCUCAUGCUCUUCACCGCAUGCACAGAGACCUGUGCUCAGGAAGCCCAGGACUCUGCUCUCGCAUGAGCAACAUUGACGGCAAGGAGCUGCUGGGUUACAUCCGCAACGUCAGCUUUAACGGUAGUGCUAAAACCCCUGUAACGUUCAACGAGAACGGAGACGCUCCUGGAAGAUACGACAUCUUCCAAUAUCAGAUUACAAACGAUUCUGCUGAGUACAAAGUCAUUGGGCACUGGACAGAUCAGCUGCAUUUAAAUAUGGGUAUCAUGCAGUGGGUGAGUGGGGACUCAUCUGUGCCCAGCUCGGUGUGCAGCAUGCCCUGUCAGACUGGGGAGCGAAAGAAGGUGGUGAAGGGUGUGCCGUGCUGCUGGCACUGUGAGCGCUGUGAAGGAUACCACUACCAGGCCAACGAGUUCAUGUGCCAGCUGUGUCCAUAUGAGCAACGGCCUGACCACAACCGCACUGGCUGCCAGCCCAUCCCUAUCAUUAAGCUAGAGUGGCACUCUGCCUGGGCCAUGAUACCUGUUUUCAUCGCCAUUCUGGGUAUCAUAGCCACCACAUUCGUGAUAAUUACCUUCAUACGCUACAAUGACACACCAAUUGUACGCGCCUCAGGCAGGGAGAUGAGCUAUGUGCUGCUUACAGGAAUAUUCCUCUGCUACAUCACCACAUUUCCUAUGAUCGCAGCACCCGGACUGGCCGUGUGCUCAUUCCGUAGGCUCUUCCUUGGACUGGGCAUGUGCUUCAGCUAUGCCGCGCUGCUCACCAAGACCAACCGCAUUCACCGUAUCUUUGAGCAGGGCAAGCGCUCAGUGGCGGCACCACGUUUCAUCAGCCCUGCCUCCCAGCUGUUCAUCACCUUCAGCCUAAUCUCAGUGCAGCUCAUGGGUGUGCUGGUCUGGUUCAUCGCCGACCCGCCACACACUUUUGUGGAUUAUGGUGAACAGCGCACACAGGACCCUGAAAAUGCCCGCGGCGUACUCAAAUGCGACAUAUCGGAUCUUUCACUCAUCUGUUCGUUAGGCUAUAGCAUUCUCUUAAUGGUCACAUGCACUGUUUAUGCCAUCAAAACCAGAGGAGUACCAGAGACCUUCAAUGAAGCCAAACCUAUUGGAUUUACUAUGUACACCACCUGCAUCAUUUGGCUUGCUUUCAUACCAAUCUUCUUUGGGACAGCACAGUCUGCAGAGCGGAUGUACAUCCAGACGACCACUCUGACCAUGUCUCUGAGCCUGAGUGCAUCAGUGUCACUGGGAAUGCUCUACAUGCCCAAAGUCUAUAUAAUUAUCUUUCACCCCGAGCAAAAUGUGCCCAAACGUAAGCGCAGCUUCAAGGCUAUUGUCACAGCUGCCACCAUGUCCAGUAAGCUCAGUCAGCUGGCCAGUGAAAGGCCGAACGGCGAGGUGAAAACUGAGCUCUGCGAGAGUGUGGACAACAGCACAUUACCCACCAAAACAACGUAUGUGAGCUAUACCAAUCAUGCCAUGUGAAGAUGCAACAUGAAGAUGAGUAGAGGAUUCUGGGAAGGAUUACUGGCACUGAUUGGAACUAAAGCAUGAGACUUUAAUGUUGUUCAUGAUAAAGAGAGUGUUUGUUGUCCUGAGACAAAUCUUGCCUGUUUUUUCUAACAGUUAAACAUAUUGGCCGUACAACAGAGUGACUGGGACAGCACUCACUGCUGGCUUAACAACACAUGGAAAUGGGACUUCACUGAAGCAGAGGGAGAAGAAUAUAUACAUAUAUACAUAUUUAAAAAAGAAAAUCUAAAAAUUAAGGAAAUGUUGGAGUCAACCAUGUUAGUUGUUAUUCUAAUUGUAAGUAUUUUGUGGUUGUGCAGAUUUUUUCAUUCUUGUCCCACGGUGUGAGAUCUGCGUUGGAAAAUGCCUUUUGUCUCUUGUAUCGGCUACUCUGGUCAAUUACCGCUGGUUUGUUAAGUGUGUAUAUGCCAUGGUUGAAGCA